AUGCCUGUUACAAUACAACCAGGAACACAGAGCAAUAUGGGGCUAGACCAUUCCCAAUUAUCCUUAAAACCAACAGGAUUGCGUAAUAAAAGUACUUUCGUUCCCCCAGCCACGGAUAAUGUGGUUGAAGCUUAUGUGAAGUUGGUCACUAAUGACAUUGAAAAACUUAAACGUACAUUUUUACGCAAUCCUUUGUUGGGACAUAAAUCUAAUUUGAAUCACCAGGAAAGAGCAUGUAUAGUAGAUUUGGUGCAGAAUAAAAACAUCAUCAUUAAGCCAGCUGACAAGGGAGGGGCGCUGGUGGUUAUGGACAAACAAUACUACAUUGAUGAGAUUUACUCCCAGUUGUCACAGGUUGAUGUAUAUAAAAAGGUUGAUGUGAACCCCUUAACUUCCAUCCAGCAGUGUGUAAUGGCCAGAGUAUUUAAAGCCUUUGAUGAUGGUGUUAUUGAUGGUGAUCUCAGGGAUUUCUUAAUCAAAGGUGAUCCAGUUACCCCUGUGUUGUAUACUUUGCCGAAGAUACACAAGAAUUUACAAAAUCCCCCAGGACGACCUAUAGUGGCAGGUACUGAUUCAGUGUUAAGUCCACUAGCCAUUUAUCUUGAUACUUUGUUGCAGCCAUUGGUGCAGCACACUAAAUCAUAUGUGAAAGAUACAACAUAUCUCCUCAAUAUACUAGACAACAUUGUUCUCCCUGAUCAUGAUAUACUCCUUGUAAGCUUUGAUGUGGCUAGUUUGUAUACAUCUAUCUCACACGAGUCAGGCCUUGAUGCCACUCGCUAUUUUUUGGACACCACAGAGUAUACUAUGCCACAGAAAACCUUUUUGCUAGAUUUGUUAGAGGUUACUGAUAGCAGAUACCCUGAGUGCCGACAUCAUUUCCAGGCAUAUCAUUAUGUAUCUCGGGUGUGUACUGAGUGCGGUAUGCGGAAUGGAUAUGGAGUGUGCCUCAGACACGUCUAUAUAGACAUAACACUGUACACCAUUGCCAACUUGGACACAAGUUCCCAAACACUUAUAUCAUAUGUCUGGUUAACUUUGGAAUGGACCAAUGAAUACAUAUCCUGGAACCCAAAUGACUUCUGUGACAUGAAGGAAUUUAACACUCUGGGAGAAUCACUUUGGAAACCAGACCUAUACAUUUAUGAAAUAACAGAAGUAGAUGAUAAAUCCCCAAUGAUUCCUUACUGCACUAUACAAUAUGAUGGUAAAAUCACUUUAUCCAAGCCUUUAAGGAUCAUCAGUUCCUGCAACGUUAAUAUCUACAAGUUCCCAUUUGACACACAGACUUGUUACCUGACCGUGGGUUCUUACAUUUACACCGUGAAAGAUGUUGUCAUGCAUCCAAAAUUCAAUUCCUCUGAUGUCAAUGCAAACUCCUUGAUCGCUUUUGCUGGCAAAGGAGACUGGACUUUGUUGAAUGUCGACGUGAUAGAACAUGACUUAAUUUAUGGGGACGUAUAUAGCAAAGUUUCUUAUAUGAUAACAAUUAAACGGGCCCCUGUUGUUUAUGUGAUUAAUAUCAUCAUACCAGCUUGUUUCAUGGUUCUCCUGGAUAUUGCCAGUAUGUUCAUACCGGUGGGCUCUGGAGAAAGGCUCGGAUUCAAAAUAACUUUAAUUCUGGGGUUCUCUGUGCUCUUGCUGAUCUUAAAUGGUAUGGUGCCUAGUUCUGACAGCCCCCCAAUUUUAGGUAUAUUCUGCGUUGUCUGUCUGUCUGUUAUGGUGUUCAGCAUAAUUGGUUCCAUUUUAACCAACUACAUGAUGGCAUUGUCAGACACGCGGCCAAAUGUCCCUAACUGGGUAAAGACUUGGAUCCUAAAAUGUUUAUCGCGUGUCCUGCUUUUUAAAUUGUACAAAGAUGAGAAAGAUCUUGUAGUCUCAAUAGACACAGAUCCGAAUGUUAUGAACACAGAUAACCAGCCUGACAUGGAGCUUCAAAAGAAAACGGAAGACUCGGACAAAGAGAUUAAAGUAACUCUAGAAGUGAGUUUUUUAAAAAGAUUGUUGUCUGCGGUUCUGAAGAUACACAAAGACCUGAAUUUGUCCAAGAACAAGCAGGAUGCCAAAUCAGAGUGGUACCUGGCUGCUCUUGUUGUGGAUAGGCUGAUUCUAAUUUGUCAUUUAAUUAUUGUCAUCAUAAUAUUCUCUAUUCUUAUUAUUGUCUGGGCAACAGAAACUAUAUAUGUAUAAACAAAA